AUCUCGUAGUGCACUGAAAGCCAAGGCACCCAGGCUGUUCUCUGUUAGCUCCUCCACUAGCUGAAGAAGAAACACAGGACAGAGACUCUGAGGGAGACAAGUUGUCUUCGGCAGAGGCCAUAAGGGCUGUGUGAGUGUGUGUCUGUGAAAUUCUUCACAUUGGUUGGAGCUGUAUGGAGGGUGUGUGUGUGUGGUGUUUUGUUGCUGAGGUUUAAGCUGGUGCGUAUGUGUGAAGGGCGUGUUGUUCGUGGUCAAUCCAUGUGUUAAGGAUUUGACAAGGUGGGUUAUGGAUAUGUGUGUUUCUGUGUUAAGAAAUGAACAGUCUUUAGUUAGUGUUGUCCGUGACACUACAGGCUUGUUUGAGGCUCUGAGCGGUUGUGUAGAUUUACGACAGGACUGAUUUGUAUGCAAGACUAGAGAGUAAUUUUUUUGUCUUGUCAUUGGAACUUGAUUUUAUAUAGCCUAGCUUAUGUGUUUGUAUGUGUUCCAGCGUAUCAGUGUGUGUUUUUGUGCGAGAAUUUGCUUCUGUGUGUGAGAGACUAGCUGUGUGCUUGAGUGUGUGUGAGCCGGUGUGUGUGUGUGUACCCACCAUGCCCCUGCCUGUGCCCGAUGUCCCGGCCUCUCGGAGGCUGACACUGGACUGUCGUUUCCUCCUGGAUCAUCGCGUUGGCAGGGGGGUGUGUGGUUGCUGUGGGGCUCUGAGGCCCCGCUACAAGAGACUGGUGGACAACAUUUUCCCAGAGGACCCAGAGGACGGGUUGGUGAAGGCUAACAUGGAGAAGUUGACGUUCUAUGCCCUGUCAGCUCCAGAGAAGCUGGACCGUAUCGGGGCCUACCUGUCAGAGAGGCUCUCUAGGGACGUGGCUAGGCACCGCUAUGGGUAUGUGUGUAUAGCUAUGGAGGCUCUGGAUCAGUUGCUGAUGGCGUGCCACUGUCAGAGCAUCAACCUGUUUGUGGAGAGUUUCCUUAAGAUGGUCCGUAAACUGCUGGAGGCCGACAAACCCAACCUACAGAUCCUGGGAACCAACUCUUUUGUGAAGUUUGCCAACAUUGAGGAGGACACUGCUUCUUAUCAUCGCAGCUAUGAUUUCUUUGUUUCGCGCUUCAGCGAGAUGUGUCACUCCAGCUACGAGGACCCAGACAUCCGCACCAAGAUCCGUAUGGCUGGGAUAAAUGGUCUGCAGGGGGUUGUGAGGAAGACGGUGAAUGAUGAUCUACAGUCUAACAUCUGGGACCCCCAGCACAUGGACAAGAUCGUCCCCUCACUGCUCUUCAACCUGCAGAGUGGAGAGGGCACUGAGAGCCGCUCCCCCUCUCCCCUGCAGGCGUCGGAGAAAGAGAAGGAGAGUCCGGCAGAGCUGACGGAGCGCUGCUUCAGAGAGCUGCUGGGACGGGCUGCCUACGGCAACAUCAAGAACGCUGUCACACCAGUACUCAUGCACUUAGAUAACCACUCUCUGUGGGAGGGGAAGACCUUUGCAGUCCGCUGCUUUAAGAUCAUCAUGUACUCUAUCCAGUCGCAGCACUCUCACCUGGUCAUCCAGCAGCUGCUAGGUCACCUGGAUGCCAACAGUAAGAAUUCAGCCACAGUGCGUGCUGGGAUAGUGGAAGUCCUCCUGGAGGCUGCAGCCAUUGCUUCCAGUGGCUCUGUAGGCCCCACUGUGUUGGAGGUGUUUAACACUCUGCUAAGGCAGCUGCGUCUCAGUGUGGACUACGAGCUGACCGGCUCCUACGACGCCAGCGGAAACAUUGGCAUCAAGAUCAUCAAAACACAUGAGGAGAGACAGCUACAGGAAGCCGUCAUCAGGACUAUUGGGUCGUUUGCAAACACCCUCCCUACAUACCAGCGCUCCGAGGUCAUGCUCUUCAUCAUGGGCAAGAUUCCUGUACCAGGGGUACACCCCGCACUCACAAACGCAGGCUCAGGGGGUUGUGAAGGGACCAGGAUGAUCCAGAUCAUGCUGCUGAAGUCACUGGUUCAGGUGACGACAGGGUUCCAGACCACCAACAUGCUGACGGCGCUGCCCAACUCCUUCCUGGAGCCGCUGCUGUCCUUCUCUCUGAUGGAGGACCCGGAGGUCAGACUGCUGGUGCUCACCAUCCUCCUCAGUGUUAUAGACAGACACGACAACACACCCAAGUUCUCCAGCAUCAGCAUUAUUUCAGAUAUCUCUGUUCUCAAACUGAAAGUGGAUAAGUGCUCUCGACAGGACAACCUUUUCAUGAAAAAGCAUGCACAGCAGUUGUACCGCCACAUCUACUUGGCGUGUAAGGAGCAGAGCAGUGGUCCACAGCACUUUGAGACGCUUUACACACUGCUGGCCCUCAUCAGCAUGGAACUGGCCAACGAAGAGGUGGUGGUAGACCUCAUCAGACUGGCCCUGGCCCUGCAGGAGUUGGCUCAAACCAACGAGGAGUCUCUGUCAGUCUAUAACCGCUGUGCUGUCCAUGCCCUCUCUGCUGCCUACCUCAACCUCAUCUGUCAACUCACCACCGUCCCCACCUUCUGUCAGCACAUACACGAGGUGAUUGAGAUGAGACAGAAGGAGGUACCCUUCCUUCUCCCUGAGGACGUCUUCAUAGAAAACCCCAAGCUCCCUGCCUCUCUGGAGAAGUUGGAGGGGGAUGUUCUGUUCCAGCAGUCUAAGAUCACAGAAGUCUUGGGGGGCAGCGGCUACAACACAGACAGGCUGGCCACACCCUACAUCCCUCAGUUCACAGACGAGGACCGUCUGUCCAAGAGGAAGAGCAUUGGAGAGACCAUCUCACUACAGGUGGAGGUGGAGUCUAGGAACAGCCCAGAGAAAGAGGAGAGGACUCCAGCAGAGGAGAUCACAUUUGAAACUCUGAAAAACGCCAUUGUGGACAGUGUGGGGAUGGAGGAGCAGGAGAGAGAGCGCAGGAGGCAGGUAGUGGAGAAGUUCCAGAAGGCCCCCUUCGAGGAGAUAGCUGCCCACUGCGGUGCCAGGGCCACGUUGCUGCAGAGCAAACUCAAUCAGAUCUUUGAGAUCACAAUCCGACCCCCUCCCAGCCCGUCUGGCACCAUCUCAUCAGGCUACGGCCAGACCCAGAGCCGCUCGGUGCCCGUCUACGAGAUGAAGUUCCCUGACCUCUGUGUCUACUAGCCCUAAAGGUCAGGGGUCACCCUAGGAGGAGAGGGGAACAGGGGGUGUGGAGCUACAGCAGCCCUCGGUGUUAAAACAACUACAGACACUGUGACCUGUUCCCCCUGCUCCCCAUUCUCAUUCUGUCAAGAGCUACUGACAUGACUGACCAUGUGUUUUUUGCACUGUGAUCGCAGACUAAACAAAGACAAACAAAAAGGCAGCAGUGUGAGAUAUUGACCCUUUGCUCGACCCCUCCCCCCCAUCCUAAAAAUUCCCAUAUGACUGCCACCGGCUUGGAUUAGACUGUAGCCAGAAAGACCGUGGAGAAGAACAAUGGAUGGAUAGAACAGGGAGGAGAAAACAUAGUGAUCCCCAGUUUUAACCUUCUUUUCCCCCUGAUGAACUUGCUGCAUGCCCACCACUCUAAACAUCACCCUUGAGCCCGUUACUAGUGUCUAGUCGUUGUCCCAGUUUAUCCCUCACUGGAUGCAUUACUACCCAAAGUGCACCAACAACAAAAUGGCUAAUUGCCAAAUGUAACAAAAUCAAAUGUUCUCAUUAGUUUUAUUGUAUUGCAAUUAUUUUGUUUUUCAGUACUGGAAAGGGACAAUGUUACAUACCUGGCAAUGGAAGCUGUAAUGAAAAAUGUAUGGAAUCUAGUGUUUUAGUUUUCAGUGGGAUGACUACUUCUGAAACACUAUCCCCACUCCCUGCUCAGACCAUUCAGUUCAAGUCAACGGUGCAUUGUGUUUGCUUGGUGCUUUUCAUGUCUUUUUAGGUUUUUAUUUUGAGUCUCUGGGGUGAGAACUCCAGAGUAUUUUUUUGUGUCGCUGCGUGUUUGCCGGGUGUGCUUUUGAUGCUGACCCAAACUAUCUUCAUUUUGUAUUUUUUACCCCCUUGCCUUUUAAAUGUUGUAUAUUGUAAUCCAUGAUUUGACUGCACCGGUUAAAGUGUGUGACGUGUGUGCUGUCCUCUGAAAUGUGAGAGUGCCCUACAGGUGACAGCAGAACUAGAUUCAACCAGUCCAACCGUUCAUAAAGCCAGUCAUAGCGUUCCCACUUUGUGAGGAUCUGAAGAGUGUACAGUUAUGUCUACAUGCUCAAACACUAGCAUGUGGGUCGUUCCAUCAAUACGGUGCCUUUUGAGAUGUGGAACUUGGUUAAAAGAAACUUCUGAUUUCACCUAAUUUGAACAUUGUUGUAAAGAGUAAGAGAUACUAAUAAUACUAUAUAUAGUAAGGGCCUAUUAAGUGGCAAAUAAAGUAACAGGAUUGACGAUUUCAUUUUAAAUCAGCCACAAAUCCCGUUACAAGGGAAUUGUACGCUUGUUGUGUGCAACAGGGAGGGGCAAUUGCAUGGAAGCUUCACAUGUUUUUGUUAAAACAUUUCUAGCCUGUCCAUAUGGGUCACAGGCUUGACGUGUUAUGCUCGACCCACUCAGUGUUCACCACAAAACACCAGAAAAUGGCCAAAAAGAGUGGAACCAGCUCACCUGCUCUUACAUUACGAUUUGACUAUUAGAUGGUCAACAUUUCUUGAGAUGUUUUUUUUUUUCAAAGGAAUAGUUUCACCAUAUUCAGUUCACAUAACAAGGUUAACCAUAAAAUGAGGAACAUGUUGUUUUUUUACCUUAAAAUGAAUCACUAAUCACAUGAAAUAAAUGAUCAUCUUCAGAAAUGACUUUGUCAAAGCAACAAGGGCUUUGAUGGUGAAAACCUUUGUGGGGUUAAGUAUGUUAAACUCUUCCUGGAAGUCAGAGGGUGCAAGGAAGGACAUGUUAAAAUGCUGAAUUUUGGCACUUUAGCAAGUCUUUAUUCAUAUACAAAAAUAUGUAUUUUAGUUCUCCAUAUGGUCUAUAAUAAAGGGCACUUCAUUGACUAUAA